AUGGCGAUGGCCGAUGGCAUCUCGUCGGCGGCACAGGGCUCGGCCAAGCAGCCUCCCUCAACCAUGCGAACCGCCCUUCCGUCGCGGCGGAUGUCCCCCAAGGCCCGAGACGGAGGACCGCAUGGAGUCGUAGGGCACGCAAGGCUCCCUAGCCAAGGGGCGAAGGGUGGUAAUGUUGAGGGUUCGACGAAUUUGCGGCCAGAAAUGCGACGUAGUCCGUCGAGCGAAGCUACAUCAAUGUCACAGGCCAUGAGCCCAGCCUCUAUUUCCAGCGAUGGUUCUCCUAAGCAGGUGAUGGCAGAACCCAGACCCAGCCCGGCUCCGACAACAGCGAGUUCUGCAUCGGGCCAGACCGGCCAGGUUUGCAGCAACUGUGGUACGACUCGAACACCACUAUGGAGGAGAUCACCCCAGGGAACGACAAUAUGCAAUGCCUGCGGCUUGUAUCAAAAAGCAAGAAACGCCUCACGGCCAACUAACCUGAAGAAGCCCCCCCAUCUUGUUGCCGCCUCCCCAAGAACCGCUCCGCCAAAGAUCGCCCCUGCCCCAGGACCUGGCCCGAAAUACCUCAGUGCUCCUGCCCCGACUUAUGUUACCGAAGAACAGGCUCCUUCAGGAACUUGCCCAGGUGGUGGAAAGUGCAAUGGCACUGGUGGUGCUGAGGGUUGCAGCGGCUGUCCCGCUUACAACAACCGCGUGUCAAAAUCUGCUCAUCUGAAUGUAGUCCAAGGGCAAGGUUGCGGCGGCGGCGGCAGCAGUGCCAGUUCUUCGACCCAACCGCAGAGUGAACCGAUGGCUGUUGAUGAUCCCGCGGCGCCGGUUGACAUUGCUGCUCUGCAAAUUCAAGGGCAAAACCCAAACACAACCGUCGUUAUAGCCUGUCAAAAUUGCGGUACAACCAUCACUCCGCUGUGGCGACGAGAUGAAAGUGGGCACACAAUUUGCAACGCGUGCGGCCUCUACUACAAACUUCAUGGAGUCCAUAGGCCUGUAACCAUGAAAAAGUCCAUCAUCAAGCGACGGAAACGUGUCAUCCCCUCUUCAUUUGGCGGUGAAUGGACAGAAGAGAUGCUCGAAGGAUCAGACACGGCGAGUCAGGCGCCGGAGGGUAGUCCGGAACGAGGCACGAUGAACGAAGACGGAUCUAUCAAUCUUGGCUUUCGGCGUCGUCAAGAAAAUCCCGUGACGAUGCUACCGGAUCCUCAUCUGCGGCCUCAUCGGCAGGGUUCGCCUCUGCCGGCGACCGAUUUGACCGCCUAUCAGUCGGCAAAUUCACGAACAUCGCAUCCAUUUCAGGGAUCUCUCAACGAUGACAACCGCCUUGCUCCCAUCACAUCGCUUACCGGCAACGGGGAACGACAAUCAUCCCUGUCUCCCGCUUCGUUUCUCUCCCCUUCGCGUAAGCGGUCGCUGUCUGCUGAAGGAAACCCGCCGGGAGAUGGUGGCCCCGAUACUUCGAAACGAUUGUCGUCCAUCAAGUCGAUUCUGAACCCCACCAGUGGAGAUGACAGCCCUUCCUACCAUUCCGGAAGCGACGAUGCUGCGGAGCACUACGCCCGAUCUGCCAUGUCUCCUGCCGCCUCGGCGCCCAGUCCAGGAUCCUACUCCAACACCCGGUUGACCCCUUUGCCUUCCCCAGGCCCUAGCAGCCAGACGAGCAACCCGGGAUACAAGCCGGAGAGUGAGAGGGCUAAGGCCGAGAAGAGGGCGGCUCUAGUUAGGGAAGCGGAACGGAUGAGAGAGAUGCUGGCAGCGAAGGAGAGAGAGCUAGCAGAAUUGAACGACUAA